GCUUAAGGAGCUGCACUGGGGCUAGAACAGGGGGGGCAGGCAGGCCAAGGCCUGACCUGGGCUGUGGGGGCAACGCAUGGAGCGGUCCCAGUCCCAGCGGCAUGGGGGUGAACAAAGCUGGUGGGGUAGCGCCCCCCAGUACCAGUAUGUGCCCUUUGAACACUGCACCAGCUACGGCCUGCCUUCAGAGAAUGGAGGCCUUCAGCACCGGCUCCGGAAGGAUGUGGGUCUCCGGCACAAUGCCCAUCCUACACAGAUUUAUGGCCAUCACAAAGAGCGCUACUCAGACAAGGAGCAGAGUGUGGGGAUGCCCAAGAAGAUGGGCUCCAGUUCUACUCUGGACAGCAAGGAUGAGGACCACUAUUCUAAAUGUCAAGGUUGUGUUCACCGCCUGGGACAAGUGGUGAGAAGGAAGUUGGGGGAAGACUGGAUCUUUCUGGUGCUCCUGGGCCUAUUGAUGGCUCUGGUCAGCUGGUGCAUGGACUAUGUCAGUGCCAAGAGUCUUCAGGCCUACAAGUGGACCUACGCCCAGAUGCAGCCCAGCCUCCCCCUGCAAUACCUGGCCUGGGUCACCUUCCCGCUGGUCCUCAUCCUCUUCAGUGCCCUCUUCUGCCACCUCAUCUCUCCCCAGGCUGUUGGCUCUGGAAUCCCUGAAAUGAAGACCAUCCUUCGAGGGGUUGUUCUGAAAGAAUAUCUCACACUCAAAGCCUUCGUGGCCAAGGUGGUAGCCCUGACUGCUGGGUUGGGCAGCGGUAUCCCUGUGGGGAAAGAGGGCCCUUUCGUCCACAUCGCCAGCAUCUGUGCUGCCGUCCUCAGCAAGUUCAUGUCCAUGUUCUGCGGGGUCUACGAGCAGCCAUAUUAUUACACUGACAUCCUGACGGUGGGCUGUGCUGUGGGGGUCGGCUGCUGUUUUGGAACACCACUUGGAGGCGUGCUGUUUAGCAUCGAGGUCACCUCUACCUACUUUGCUGUUCGGAACUACUGGAGAGGAUUCUUUGCAGCCACGUUCAGCGCCUUUGUGUUCCGUGUGCUGGCGGUGUGGAACAAGGAUGCUGUCACCAUCACAGCUCUGUUCAGAACCAACUUCCGAAUGGAUUUCCCCUUCGACCUGAAGGAACUCCCGGCCUUUGCCGUCAUUGGGAUUUGCUGUGGAUUCCUGGGAGCUGUGUUCGUGUAUCUCCACCGCCAAGUCAUGCUCGGUGUCCGAAAAAACAAGGCUCUCAGCCAGUUUCUUGCUAAGCACCGCCUGCUGUAUCCUGGGAUUGUGACCUUUGUCAUUGCUUCACUCACCUUUCCACCAGGAAUGGGUCAAUUCAUGGCUGGAGAGUUGAUGCCCCGAGAAGCCAUCAGUACCCUGUUUGACAACAAUACCUGGGUCAAACACGUAGGUGACCUCAAAAGCCUGGGCCAGUCAGCUGUGUGGAUUCACCCCCAGGUCAACGUGGUCAUCAUCAUCCUUCUCUUUUUUGUCAUGAAGUUUUGGAUGUCAAUUGUAGCCACCACUAUGCCCAUACCCUGUGGAGGCUUCAUGCCUGUGUUUGUGUUAGGAGCUGCAUUUGGAAGGCUGGUAGGAGAAAUCAUGGCCAUGCUGUUCCCUGAGGGAAUCUUAUUUGAUGACAUCAUCUACAAGAUCCUACCAGGGGGCUAUGCGGUAAUCGGAGCAGCAGCACUGACAGGUGCCGUGUCUCACACCGUCUCCACAGCUGUGAUUUGCUUCGAAUUGACGGGUCAGAUUGCCCACAUCCUACCCAUGAUGGUAGCUGUUAUCUUGGCCAACAUGGUGGCUCAGAGCCUGCAGCCUUCCCUCUAUGACAGCAUCAUCCAGGUCAAGAAGCUUCCCUACUUGCCUGACCUUGGUUGGAACCAGCUCAGUAAAUUUACAAUCUUUGUUGAGGACAUCAUGGUACGCGAUGUGAAAUUUGUUUCGGCUUCCUGCACCUAUGGGGAACUGAGAAACCUGCUCCAGACCACCACCGUCAAGACCUUACCACUGGUGGAUUCCAAAGAUUCCAUGAUCCUGCUGGGCUCGGUGGAGCGCUCCGAGCUGCAGUCCCUCCUGCAGCGCCACCUGUGUCCGGAGCGGAGACUGCGGGCGGCUCAGGAAAUGGCAAGGAAAUUAUCGGAGCUGCCCUACAAUGGCCAGGCCAGGCUUGCUGGGGAGAACCUCCCGGGCGUGGCGCCUCGGGGCCGGCCAGAGUCCUUUGCCUUUGUGGAUGAGGAUGAAGACGAGGACCUCUCCGGGAAGACCGAGCUCCCUCCUCCUCCUCCUCCUCCUCCUCCUGCCUUUCCCACGGCUCCAUUGUCUCCUGAAGAACCUAAUGGGCCUUUGCCCAACCACAAGCAGCCACCAGAAGCCCCAGAGCCUACAGGUCAAAGAGGCUCCAUCUUCCGGCGUCUGCUGCGCUGCUUGCUCGGCAGAGCUCGCCCCACGAAGAAGAAAACAAGCCAGGACCCAUCGGAUCUAGUGGAUAACAUGUCGCCUGAAGAGAUCGAAGCGUGGGAACAGGAGCAGCUGAGCCUGCCUGUGUGCUUUGACUGCUGCUGCAUCGACCAAUCGCCCUUCCAGCUGGUGGAGCAGACCACGCUUCACAAGACUCACACGCUCUUCUCGCUCCUCGGCCUCCAUCUUGCCUAUGUGACCAGCAUGGGGAAGCUCAGGGGAGUCCUGGCGCUAGAAGAGCUACAGAAGGCCAUCGAGGGCCACACCAAAUCUGGGGUGCAGCUCCGCCCUCCCCUUGCCAGCUUCAGGAGUACAACUUCAACCCGGAAGAGACCUGGGGGUCCACCUCCUCCUGCAGAGGGCUGGAGCCUGCCGCAGGAUGGUCCUGGACCCCUUGGAGCGGAGGACGCAGCUCCUGCCUCCUCAGAGACUCCUGGGCCACCCCCUUCCCCGGAGCCCCCCCAGCCCUUGGCUCCCCCCAAGGCAGAGGCUGAGCUGGAGGAGCUAGAGCUGGUUGAGAGCCCAGGGCCCGAAGAAGAGCUGGCUGACAUCUUGCAGGGCCCCAGCCUGCGAUCCACGGAUGAAGAGGAUGAGGAUGAACUAAUGCUAUGACCACCAACCAACCACCUCCUGGGACCCCUGCAUGAGGUCUUUAGGGCCCAGGCCAAAGAGUAGACUGGUGUGCGGCAGAGAAUCCUGGACGUGGGGAGCUUACGCUGUAUCUUGCCCUGCCCGGGGGAUUGUUAAAUUUGAGAGUGAUCAUCUUAAAGGGGGUACCUUGGGGGAACUGCCACAAGGUCCCCUGGGUCCCCACAGAUAGGUGGUUUGAACCCCUUGCUGUCCCUUGGGGCUUUCUGGCGUGCCUUGCUGUGUGGAUGGAUGGGGUCCCCAGCCCACCUCGCCUCCCCACAGUUCCCAGGGCUCCUGUCCCAGUUCCAGUCUGGCCUGGCCUGUCUACCCUUCAGUUUCCACGGGGCAGGGGUGAGGGGCGUAUGUCUGUGGCCCGGAGAGUGUCCUGCUGGAGAGGAAUGCGGGACCACACGUGCGCCCCCACACUGGGACCCCCACACUGGGACCCCCAGACCUCCUGCCUACCCACGCCCCUUCUGUCUGUUCUAUCCCAACUGUCCCACGCCAGGCCCAUUGCCAGAGCAGGAGAGGCCAGCCGCCUUCCCCCCCCCCCCACCCCGGCUUCAAGCACUGAAAUGUGCAUGAGACUACGGUUGUCAAGGGCCGCUGUCUGGAAAAGACAAGGUGACUGAUGGCUCCACAAGGAAGGUGCGGGUGUGUCAUGGCCAAGCCACAAUGGCCUCGUGGUCCUGGCUGACGCCCUCCUGCAGAAAGCCCUCCUGCUGUCCGUCACAGACUCGGGACCCCUCCAUUAUUUCCAGCUAGCCUCGGAUCACGCAUUUUCCCCGUUCCUCACUGCAGUGAGCGGCUUGCCCUGCUCCACUGGGAGCCAUUCGAGCUGGGGCAGCUCCUGUCAGGCCCCAAGCCCAACUAGAGUGGCUCCCCAGUUCUGCCAGGGGGUGGGGGACAGUUGGGGUCCCCUUGGGAUGACAGACUCAGGGCAGUCACAUUCUUGUCCUCACCCAUCAGUGUCAGGAAGAACAGUGGUUGUGGCCCAGGCCUUUAGCUCGUCUUCCACAGAAAGAGGGGGCCAUGUGCUCCGAGCCUCUGUAGAAACCUAGCUCCACACCCAGGCUUUUUUUUUUUUCCUUGUUGGGGCUUGAA